AAAAAAUUUCAUUUUAUCAUUAGUACAUAAACAACUGUUUUCCUGUUUAAAAUUAAUUAAAUUUGAAACGAAUAUAUUAAAUGAUGAAUAUUCAUUUUAAAAUAUUACUGUUUGCAUGUUGCAUUAUAGCAACUUUAUGUGUACCGAGUAGUUUUAAUUCUGGACCAUCAAAAACUGAAGAUUCUCCAAAAGAACAAGUUGAAAUACCGAAAAACGAUAAUGUGAGUGUUUUUCAAAAUUUACGGACGCGAGUAAAAUCAAAGUUAUUAUUAGCAGGUAAAAAUAAUGACAAUCAGAUUUUUUUUAAAGACUUAGUUGAAGUUUAUCGAAAUGAAGUUGGAAAAGAUAUCAGUGCGAACAUGCCUGAAGAAAAUUACAGAAUAAAACAAAAUACUAAAUACUCAAUAGAUGAAUUAAUGAAAAAUUUUGAUGAAAAUCAUAUCAAUUACGUAAAUAGAAUAGCUACGCAACUUCAAUUGUUCAAAAAUAUAAAUGGAUAUAUUCCAGUGGAAAAAAUAUUUGAAAUAUUUGGACACUUUAGUUUAAAUAAAGAAAUACAAAACGAGAUUCGAAAAAAAUUGUCAAUAAAAGAUAAUAAUAAUGUUAAUUAUGAUGCUAUUUAGAUUUCAUCGUUUCGGAUAUGAAGAGUACAGGGGAAAAACGGUAAUAGUCCAUUUUCGUUCAAAUUUAAUUUAUGGUUAAAUUUAAUAGUCUAUUAGCAAUAGUAUCAAGUAAUAUAUUUUUUUUGAUAAAAAAUUAUUUCAUUUUACAAAUAUUGAAGUGAUUUUUUUGUUUUCUCACUAAUGGAACAGGAAUAUAUAAUUUUAUUUUUGCUCUUCAGAAAAACAAAUCACCAUGUAUAAUAUACAUUGUAUAUACAAGGUUAUUUAUCGACCAUAUACUCAAUGAAAAUGAGGGUACUAUAUAGCAUUUUUAAUGGUCACUAUUUUAUUUUUUAUUUUCUCCCUGAAGAAUAAUUUUAAUCAUAACAGUAGAUACGAUCUUAGAUACGAAAUUACGAAUUUUCUUUAUUAUGGUAUUUGCAUAAGAAUUUUUUGUAUUUUCAAAAUACAUCUUAAUAUAUUUGUAUAUCCUAUAUAAGACGAAAAUAAAUUAUGUUUUUCAUCAAAGGGCAUCUCACUGUUACAUGACUUAAAAAUCUCAAUUUAGGAAACUUAGUUUUUCCAGAAAAAAAAAAUUACAUUACUACUUAGAUUAAUUCUCAUCUUAGUUUCGAAACUUAUAUUUAUAAUAUAAAACCUAUAAAAAAUUAUGGUUCCAGUUCUUGAUUAUCGCGUAGAAAAUCAAAAUUAUUUUGCUUUUAUAAAGACAUUUAAGUUUUAUUUGUAUAAACCCAAAAGAAAUAUUAAUUAAAAUAAUUAAUAAAUCUUAUAUUUUUUUCAGAUAUCAUAAGACAAUUAAAAUGAAAUGUAUUACAUUAUUUAUAUGUAAAGAUCUAUAAAUAUACUUCUAUUUGAGUA